AUGGCAACAGACCUCAUAAUGCCUACCCUCCCUGAGCAGCGCCUCCCCUUCUACCCUCAGGAUCGCCCUCACUUCACCCACACGCGAUCUCAGUCCUUCCAAACCGUGCCGCAACCCCGACCCUUUCGCAACCGCACAUCGCCCCUAAGCACUCCUCACGAGGGCUCUCCCACCUCGCCAAAGUCGUGCCUCACCGAGUCGGUGCGCCCCGUCUACGUGCCCGCCGUCCUCCGCCCGAACCAGCACCACUCCAAGAAGCCGCGAGCACCCAAGGUCGAGGACCUCGACGGCGAGGAUCUGCUCUGCUUGCGCCGCACCAACAGCAGCUUCAUCAGUCUCCCCGGCUUCAGCGUUCUUGGCGCCAAGCUGUCGCGCCGCUCCACCGGCGACAGCGGCAAGGUAAUUGACCUUGAGUUGGACCCUGAGCUCUUCCCCGACGUCGCCGGCGAGCCCACCCGCAAGCACUGGAAGCCCGAUUCCGAAUCCAUAAUGUGCGACGACCCGACUUGCAAGCGCAAAUUCAACGCCUUGAACCGCCGACAUCACUGCCGCCGUUGUGGCAACAUUUUCUGCGGCACCCAUUCUGGCGAAGUCAUCCCUCUGGACGAGGACUGCAACUACAACCCCCGGGGGGCCCUCGCUCGCGCCUGCUUCCACUGCUUCACCGAAUUUAAGGUAUGGAAGAGCCGUAACGGCAGCCGCAGCGGCAGCGACCAGAGCUCCGACUCGUCGGGUACCCCAUCGAGUCCCAUUGUCGCGAGCCCCAUCGCCCCGACCAUGCCGGGCAUGCUCCCGCCCACCAAGGGCCCCGAGGUUGCGGCCAGCGUUCCUCGCGACUGGAACUGGAGCACAUUUUAG